UAUGUUAAAUGUCAUUUAGCCCUUUCCCUACUAAGAGCGACUACAACCCUCUUACGUAAAAGCGUUUGCGUCUUGGAACGAAAGUAGUGCCAAUUAAAGAUCUAAAGAUAAUAAUAAAAAAAUGUUUCGUACUCGUGAUAUCUUGUUAUCGAUAUAAGGGAAGAAUCGUUUUAUCGAAUAACUUAGGGAUUACUAUGUGGAAAUAAAUUUCGAGUGACUUGAAGUACAAGGACGAGAAAGAAUCAAUUUCAUCAGACAAUUUGGUGAAUGAUAAAUUUGUAUAUCAGGACUAUUCGAUCGGUCAAAAGGGUUGAAAAUAGUUGACUCGGGCAUAUUCUGUUACCCGCGUCGUUGAAGUGCAUCGAGCGAACGAAGGACAACGCCGACGCGAAUUUCGACGCCGACGCCCGACGUCACCGACAACGCCACCACAAAGAGGAAUACCGAACGAACUUUUUCCUCGUGCUUUCCACGAAUACGCGUACACUCGCACGACUGUACGAGAAGGCAUCGUGGCGCAUGCUGAGAGCCUCCACUAUCGAUCCAUUCGCGACCAAGCUUUCCCAUUCGUCUCACAAGCUUCGCGAACGUCGUCUAGGUAAAAUCACCCCGCGUACACCUGCUACGUGGAAACGUAUAUUUUCUUUAAAUCUCUCUUUACUCGUUGGUCAUCGCGAAUAGCGAAAUCUGCAAGAUGGCACGUCGCAUUGAUUACACCAAGGCGAUCUUCGUAUUGUGGUGUGUCCUGAGCACGGUAUUCAGCGUCCCCAAUUAUCCGCCGGCGACCGAAAAGUUGGAUAACCAGUUGUUCACUACGCGGCGGAUGUCGCAAGUAGUGUUUGACAUGCCCGCUGCGAAAUCCAAAUUACCUUUGCCGGUAGAUAAUUUCGAAGUGAAAAGCACUACGACGAUGACGACGGAAUCAACGACAACCCACAGAUCGUUUUCCACGGAACAGCCUCUGUACCGCCUGGACGGAAGCAACGGACAAGCUUGUAUUCUUCUGCAGGUGGAUGCCCUGAUCACGGUGAAGUACAGAACGAAAUUUGGAGAGGAUCAAGAAGCGAGCAUUUAUGUUCCCAACGAUGCCACGGUAACCGGCAAUUGCAACAACGAGAACACCGUGACAAUGUCCCUGAAGUGGAAGGCGUUCGUACUGCUAUGGCGUUUCGCUAAGACACCCGGGGGCGAACGAUGGUACGUCGAGAAAAUUCAGUUGACCUACAACUCCAGUGAUCGACACUUUGAGCAUAUCGAGCAACCAAACAAGACGAUCAAAGUCAGUACCGACCAGAAACACAGCUACAUGCUGUUUCCGACACCGGUUGGAAAGUCGUACGCCUGCGACGACGAGACGGAGAUUCCGUUGACCGAUGGAAAGAAUCAUGCCAGCGUGCUUCUCAGAAACAUGAAGCUGCAGCCGUUCAAGUUCAAGAACAACGAAUUCGCGGCGGAAUUCUCGUGUACGUCUUUGAGCGCGCGCGGUGUUCGAGACGAGACGGCACCCGUCGCGGUCGGCUCGACUCUGGCCGCUGCUGUUCUGCUCACCAUCACCGGUUACGCAGGCUAUCGUUACUUCAAAGUGAAGAAGGUCAAAUACGACACCAUGGAAUAAAAACUAGGAGAAACGCUGCCCAAGACGAUGCCAAAACCGCGCGACAACGCCGACGAUUCUCGCUGAAAUCGGGGAGUAACUGAUCGUCGUCGUCGUCGUCGUUACGACAUAUCUAUCUCGAUCGUUGGAACACAACCGGUACAAACGUUUAUCCGGAAGCACGCGUAUCUAUCGAAAUCACGAAGAAUUCGUGAGCGUUCGUAACGGCACUGAUGCGAGUACGCGUUUCGAAUUUAUCGAAUAAAAACGACGCGAUUUUCCUCCAUUAAAUUUAUAUCGAUCUCGUACGCGAUACCUAGACGCGAAGCGCGAAGCCAAAUUUCGUGGAUCGGUACGCGUUCGAUUCUCUCGGGUGUAAAAAAUGUCGAUUAGAGAAAAUAAGUAACUCGUGUAUAUUAAACGGUAUACGAAAUAUUCGGCAGCACACUCGUUACCGCUCGUUGUCGCAAGCUCUGAUGGUUGUAUCGAUAGAUUUUUAUCCGAAGACGUCGACUCGUUUUUCCCCGCCGGGAAGAAUGCUCGAACGUUGUUUAGAAGAAUAAAUUUCUCGGGAAAAGUAUCAUUUUAUUCUUCGCGUUUAUUCACGUAAAAAUAGUUGUAACGUAAACGAGAGAUCGGGACGCGUUCAUUUCUGUGCACGAAAUUUCUCGUUUCUUAAAUUAAUACUGUUCUUUCGCGUGGUCGAUCCUAACUUUUCGCGCAAUAUUAUCGUAUCGCUCGAAACAUUAAGAAUCUCAUCGAUAACAUCGUUGUCCUCGAAUUCGAGGGACAAGAAAGCCCUGUCAGGCAGCUAAAGAUUUACGGAAACGAAUAGUAUAGUCAAUUUCGAAUUAAACGUAUCGCGAUGGCGCACCUAUGUAAUUUGACGUUGAUCACGGUCCUAUUUUAAGCUCCCAUAAUUACUUUCUCCUUUCAACGUGUAAAUAGUAUUCGGCAACGCUGUCGUGUGAUUCUGACCUUGCAUCGUGAAAAAUCUUUUCUUUCUACGUACGCGUCGGACAUAUCUACCUAUCUACCGGACAUAUCUAUUUUAAAUAUCGCGAUCCUAUUCAUUCUACCUACUUUUCGUAUAGAAUAUAACACUUAACAUACAGUGAUUAAUUUUUAUCUUUCGAUUCUCGAUGUAACAUAUCAUGUAAAUACGUUAUGUACCAUUGUAAACGAUCGACGAAGCUCGCGACGCAAUGACCUUUCUACUUUUCGCAACGAGCAAAUCUCUUGCCGGAGAAGAAUGUCAGUUUCUACGCGUUACUUUGACAGCGUCGAUUGUUCCCGUCGUUGUAUCGGUCCAUUUUCGUGCCAGCAAACCGGAUGCUGUUCACGAGCUUCGUCGAUCGAGCAUAAUUUUCGAAGAUCCUUCAACGCGCGACCAGCGUGUAUUCGUUAUUAGUCGAUGGAUAGUUCACUUCUACGAGAUAUAUUAGCGUAUAAAUUCGUCUUUAGAACGGUCGAACGAAAUCGAAAGACACCAUCUCCCUAAGGUGGAACGGUUCAAGCUGAAGCGAGGCGAGGUGCAAAAGCGAAGGAACGUUGUGCAGACGGAAAGAACAUAUCGAAUCGAACGAUGCGCCUAUCAGGCCGGUAUACGGUUACAGCUAACGAGCAAUGGAGUACCUAAUUGUAGCGUAACCAGCACGUACACGUCUAUGGCGAGAAUAAAUUUAUAAUUAGCGAUAUUGCGCAUAACGUGAACCUCUGUCUUCCAAAUGCAUAAUAAAGUUGAAGUUUUGUGUGUAAAUAUAUAUUUCGCAUGUGUGCGCGCAUAUGUACGUGCGCAAACGCGUACGCACAGUUUGCUCGUGUGCACGUACGUAUCCGUGUUAUACAUAUUAUAAAUACACGUAUACAUAAAUAAAUAUAAAUAUAUAUAUAUAAAAUAUGCAUAUGAACGUACCUAGGGAUAAGGAAAGAAAGAGCGAGAGAGAAAGAGAGAGAGUGAGAAAUGUUAGGAAUAUCGUAUUUCCGUAAGGAAGUCGAAGCGGUGGUCGAUUCUCGAGUUCGCGUUGGCAGAAUAGAAGAUUGUGUUUCUUUUUUGGCGCGAUUCGAAGAAUUCGGGAGACACACACCGUUGAUCGAGGGUUUCUUUAUGUAGGCCACGAGGUGUCUCGUCGUUUACAGACGCGGGUACGAUCUAGACGUAAUCGCGAAGAUGUAUUUUUGUGCUAAAAUCAAUUUUAUCAUAGAUAUCGUUAUCGUCUGGGAAGGUUUAUCGAAAGGAAGACCCUGUCUAAGGUCAAGAAGUUGAGCGAAGAAACGAGAGAACGGGGCUGACAGGAGGGUCGAGUGGAAGCGCGAGGUCAGUUUCGAGGGAACGAAGAAUUCCGAAUCAUAUCGCUUGAUCUAUUUCCGCAACGUAAAGUCUCGUAAUACGUAACCGUAACUCGUACGGAUGGAUGCGUAACGCGACGCGGUGCGUAACGCGUGCUCGCUACUAUUAUAUUAUAUCGAUAAAAUAAAGGCUGUUAUACAAG